UUAGCCUGGAAUAAGAUUUUAUACUAAUUAAAAAUGGAAACAAUUGGGAGAAAGAGAAAGGCAAGUAAGGAAGAGACAGCAACGAAGUCGAAGAGACUUCAGAGCAUAGCUGAUAAGGAACAGGAGCAGGAGAACAAGGAAAUAGAAGAAGCUAAGGAUUUGAAGGAGUGGAAGACUGAUGGUACUGUGUUGUUUGGAGAUUUUGGAGCUAAGGGAAGUGAGAAGAUAGCAGGAUUUGACAUGGACUCUACACUGAUCAAUACGAAAUCAGGGGCUAUUUUUGCGAAGAAUUCGAGUGAUUGGGUCUGGUGGGAUGAGAAAGUUCCUAAGAAGUUAGCCAAAGCUCAUGAGGAUGGGUUUAAGAUUGUGAUUUUUAGUAAUCAGGCGGGGAUUGAAAUGGGCAAAGUUGACCCCAAGACACUUAAGGGGAAGUUUAUUCAGCUUCAUAAAAGUCUGAAGAUUCCAUUCCAAGCUAUUUGUGCUACUUCUAAGGAUGCCAACCGUAAGCCCAACACUGGGAUGUGGAAAUACUUUGUAGAUAAUUGCAAUGAUGGAGUUGAGCCUGAUAAAUCCCAAUCAUUUUACUGUGGAGAUGCUGCUGGAAGACCAAAGGGUAAGAACAGAAAGAAAGACUUCAGUGACGGAGACAGAAAGUUUGCAAUCAAUGUCGGAGUCGAGUUCUACACUCCUGAGAUGUACUUCCAAAAUAAGAAAGAGAAGUUACCUCCUCUUGCAUUUGACAUCAAGACUUUGAAAUCUUUGGAAGGAAAAUCUCCCACUGGAGAAGAAGAGAAAUAUGUCAGUGAAAAGCAAGAGAUGAUAGUUCUCGUCGGAUCUCCUGGAGCUGGAAAGUCAACUUUUUGGAACAACUAUCUCAAAGAUUACGUUAGAGUAAAUAAUGAUACACUCAAGACUAAGGAAAAGUGCAUGAAAGUAGCUAGACAAGCUUUGAAGGAGGGCAAGAGCUGUGUAAUUGAUAAUACAAACCCUGACCCUGCUACAAGAGCUAGAUACACUUCAAUAGCUGAAGAAUGAAAAGUUCCUUGUAGAGCUUUCUACUUUGACAUUGAGAAAAAUGUUUGUAUGCACAAUAACGAGCAAAGGAAAGUAAAUUCAAACAGGAACCAUUUAUCAAAGAAGGUUGGAAAUGUGAUUAUCCAUACCUUCUUUAAGAAGUGUGUGGUACCUACUACAAGCGAGGGUUUCACUGAAGUCAAAACCAUCAAAUUCAUCCCAGGACCAUUUGAGAACAAAUCUGAUGAGGAGACUUAUUACAACAGUUAG